AUGAUCUUGGACGAGGCGCAGAACCUCAAGAAUCACGGAACCCAGGCCCAGCGCUGCCUGCCUGCCAUUGUUGGGAUGCAAGCAACUUUCAACCGCGGCGCCGUGGCAGCGACCGCUUCAAUUCCCAAGGCCAAUCCAGCGGCCAACGGUCGAGGCUCCGUUGGAACAACAGCUUCCAUUCCCAGAGCGAAUCCCUCGACCAAAGGUCGCACUUUUCCUGGCGUUGCACCACCCUGCCGGAAGACAAAGCCUUCCGCGGAACAAGGCUCCAUUCGUCCAUCCGCAAAGGAGCCCGUGGUCGUGAAACCGCGAGGAUUUGGAGGUGCCGUGCCGACGUCAUCAGUCAUACCGCCUCGAGGAAAUCGCCCUGCCGCGACAUCCGCCGAGGAUGCACGACGCGCGCUGAAGCGGAAGGCAUCUGACCCAGUCCCCUCCGAGCCAAAGUUGCUGCGAGAGAGGCUGAAGACACACUACUGGAAAAGGGUGUGUGAUGUACAGGCUUCCUAUGGUGAAGCUACAAUCACCGCCGAGCUGGCCAACACAGAGCUUACAGACGAUGAUGUGGCUGACUGGCUGGCAUGGCUGCGAGGUCACCCUGAGCUGAAGCAGACGAACCUGCAAAGCGUGAGCCUUCCAAUGUUGGACCUAUCAAACAACCAGCUGAGUAGCCGCGGCAUUCGUUCCAUCUGUGCAUUCCUGGAAGAGCACUUUGUCCGUGUGGACGAGAUGAAAUUCAACCACAACGAAGUAGACGACGAAGGCCUGUAUCGGAUUGCCCAAUACAUUACUUCGGAGUCCGCUCCAGUAACUGCGCUGCACUUUUCUUCGAAUCAAAUCAGCAUUCUUGGGGUGUUCAAGCUGCUGACGAUGCUGUCGCUUCAUCCAAUGUAUCCUUUGGAGACCAGCCUGCACGGGAAAGCGUCGUUCAUACCCCUGUGGCUACAGCUUGACAACAACAACAUCAACGAUGAGGACCUGCAAGAUUUCCUCGACUGCCAUUUGCGCGAGUUGGGCUGUGCUAUCUGCCUAGUAGGCAAACAUUGCUCACAGUGGACCUGCCAAUGUGUAAAGCAGAUGAAGAUGGACGACAGAAAACACAAUGUUGCGCUGCACCUUUGCCUGCGCGCGCCAGACCAGUCGCCACCAGAUUCGAAGGUUCUCCAGGCGGGGUUGGCUGCCGCCGGCCGCAGCGCUCACAGGAUCUUCCAGGCCCCACGGUCGCUGACCUGCCGGAAAGAUUGGCUGCAGCAGUCCAGCGCACCAGGGUCCAGGGCGCUGCGGACGGAGCCGAAGUUCCUGUACGAAGAUGCGCACUUCAUGGUGAUGCUGAAGCCAGCGGGGUGGCACUGCACUCUCAGCCACAAAGCCGCAGGUUUGGCAGCCAGUGUCAAGACGAUGAGCACUGACAACAGGAAGGCAAAAGCUGCCAACCUCCUCACCCAAAGUGAUCCACCGCCACUACACGACUACAUCAUCCUGCGAUUUGGUGAGGUUGGAGGCAGUGGAAUGAAGGAGGUCAUGAAUGAUUCCAAGCUGUACGGAAUGGUCCACAGGCUGGAUCAGGGCACAUCUGGUCCACUUCUGAUUGCCAAGAACCAGAUUGGCUUUGACUUUGCCAAGACGAAGAUUGUGAAUCAGGAGUACCAGCGAGACUACCUCGCCCUCGUCCAUGGCACCUUCGGGCGGGACGCAUUGCACGGACAUGGGCCUACUGGCCUCAUCCAGGCUCCGGUCGACAGAUCCAUGUACGAGUGGACUCGACGAUGUGAGAUCAGUGAGAACGGGCAGCCAGCCUCCACUCUCUACGAGCGCAUUGCCGAGUAUGAGAGUCGAGAUCGCAAGGCGCGCUACACUUUGCUGCACUGCCGGCUGCUGACCGGACGAACUCAUCAGAUCCGGGUGCAUAUGGAGUACCUCGGCAUGCCUCUGGUCGGCGAUCGGCAGUACUGGCGUCAUCGCCAAGCGGAAGACCCUAAUCUCGGCUGCCAGCGGACCUUUCUGCACAAGGUCAGGUUCAUCCUUUGGACAUGUCCAUCCAGUGAGCCGGUCGUUGUGUGGUCGCCGCUGAAGUAUGCUGCUGACCUGUGCGAGGUGCUGAAGAAGCUGAGGAGAACCCAAGGCUACGACUUCCCCGAGGAAGGAGUGUGA